AACCCACCUUCUCUGACCUCUCGUCACCACUUCCUUCUUCUUGGUUCCUUCCCGCCGCACACAGACGAAAGCAUUCUUCCUUUUUCCACACUCAACAAACAGCAGAAACUCUGCAAUUCGAUGUUAACUGUGAAAAUUUCAUUGCUUUAAUCUUGAAUGCGGAAAACAGGAAUUCUUAGUAAAUGGGUUCUGUCCAGAUUUUGAAUCCCGCUGUGUCUCUGGUUUCUGUCUCACAGUCCAGGAAGAAAAUUCUCAGGUUUGGAAGUAAUGGGUGCACGAGGUAUUUCCCAAGCAAACGGUUCAAAAUAUGUUGUGCAGUUGGGGAAGACAAUGAGCAAAAUAAAGGAGAAGAACCUCCGGAAUCAUUGUUUAUGCAGGAACUGAGGAAAAGGGGCAUGACGCCUGCUUCCUUGCUUGAGGAUGCUAAAAGGGGCAACUAUGGAUUGGAUGAAGAGAUGAAAGUGGGAGAAGAAGGUGGGAGUUUCUCGAAGAGAAAUGCUGUGUCGACUGACUAUGAGAGGAACUUGUCUAAUCAAAGGGAGCAGUCCAUGCAAUUGAACAGUGAAGGCCUUGAGGGGUUGAUUCCUAGGGCUAAACUCUUGCUAUCACUUGGAGGAACAUUCUUCUUGGCAUUUUGGCCUUUGAUCCUCCUAACUGUAGCAUUCUUCUCUGCUACCUACCUUUAUUUUGGAUCAUCUUUCAUCCAUGACGGAAACAACAUGCCUUCAACGCCACCACAAUAUGUUGACCCAUAUGCACUUCUAGAAGAUGAAAGGAUAUCUCCAACAGCACCACGUGUAGACUGAACAUAAAUAUAUAUAUAUAUAUAUAUUUGUUUUUUUUCCUUUUAACAAACAUGGAAUUCUUGAAAGCUUCAAUAUUUAUAGGCUUCUGUAUCAUAUUUCCUUUGGUCCUGUAAUAUUCCCUUUUUCUGUUUGGAUCCUCAAUUAGCUGGACUUCUUUCAUCAAUCAAAUGUCUACUUUUAA